CGCCUCCCCCAGCAUCCAGCCCCCUCACCCGGCUCACACCCCUUCCUGUCCCUCCAGCUGGCGGUGGCGCUGCUUCUCAGACCUCGUGGACCUGCUCAGUCAGCUGGGGCCCCCUGCGGACAGCUGCCUCCCUCGCCACUAGGACCUGCCACUCUGCGCGGAAUGGCAGCGGCGGCAGCAUCCCCGCCAGCGGCGGUGGCGGCAGCAGCCACGGCUACCGCAGACGCUAUUGUUCCCUGGUGUUAAACGCUCUUUCCCUCCUUUUCAUCUGACUCGAACAAUAGCCGGGAAGAGGUUUGGGUUCUGUAGUCCUUCGGAAGACCUUCGGAGAGUGAAAGAAAAUUCCCUGCCAACAGCAUCCCGGACCUGGACACUGGAGCGGUUGCGGACGGCAUGGGGCUGCAAGCUAGGCGCUCGGCGUCACAGAGCCUGGGCGCUGCGGGCCCGCGCCCGGCAGUCCUGCCGCUGCUGCUACCGCUGCUGCUGCUGGUGUGCCCCGGCACCCACGGGGCGCAGGGCGAGGCGGAGACACCCACCCUCUAUCUGUGGAAGACUGGUCCAUGGGGCCGAUGCAUGGGAGAUGAAUGUGGUCCAGGAGGCAUUCAAACCCGGGCUGUAUGGUGUGCUCAUUCGGAAGGAUGGACAACAUUGCAUACAAAUUGCAAGCAGGCGGAGAGACCCAGUAACCAGCAAAAUUGUUUCAAAGUCUGUGACUGGCACAAAGAGUUGUAUGACUGGAGACUGGGUCCCUGGAAUCAGUGUCAGCCUGUGAUUUCUAAAAGCCUGGAGAAACCCCUUGAGUGCAUUAAGGGGGAAGAAGGCAUUCAGGUGAGAGAGAUAACGUGCAUCCAGAAAGAAAAAGAUGUUCCUGCAGAGGACAUCAUCUGUGAAUACUUUGAGCCCAAGCCUCUCCUGGAACAGGCCUGCCUCAUUCCCUGCCAGCAAGACUGCAUCGUGUCUGAGUUUUCUGCCUGGUCGGAAUGCUCCAAGACUUGUGGCAGCGGGCUUCAGCACCGCACGCGUCAGGUGGUAGCUCCUCCCCAGUUCGGAGGCUCAGGCUGUCCAAACCUAACGGAGUUCCAGGUGUGUCAGUCCAGUCCCUGUGAAGCUGCAGAGAGCCUGUACAGCCUGCAGGUGGGGCCCUGGAGCACAUGUUCAAUGCCCCACUCCAGACAAGUAAGACAGGCCAGGAGGCGUGGGAAAAAUAAGGAACGGGACAAAGACCGAGGAAAAGGAGUGAAGGAUCCAGAGGCCCGUGAACUGAUCAAGAAAAAGAGAAAUAGAAACAGACAGAACCGACAAGAGAACAAAUACUGGGACAUACAGAUUGGAUAUCAGACCAGAGAGGUUAUGUGCACUAACAAGACCGGGAAAACUGCCGAUUUGAGCUUUUGCAAGCAAGAGAAGCUGCCCAUGACCUUCCAGGCCUGUGUGAUCACAAAAGAGUGCCAGGUGUCGGAGUGGUCUGAGUGGAGCCCCUGCUCAAAAACGUGUCACGACAUGGCAUCCCCCAAAGGCACGCGUGUGAGGAUGCGGCUCAUCAGGCAGUUUCCCAUUGGCAGCGAGAAGGAGUGUCCAGAACUUGAGGAGAAAGAGCCCUGUGUGUCUCAAGGAGAUGGUGUCGCCCCCUGUGCCACGUACAGCUGGAGGACCACGGAGUGGACUGAGUGCCGCGUGGACCCUCUGCUCAGCCAGCAGGACAAGAGGCGGGGCAACCAGACAGCCCUCUGUGGAGGAGGGAUCCAGACCCGGGAGGUGUACUGUGUGCAGGCUAAGCAGAACCUCCCUUCACAGUUAAACACCCCCAAGGACAAAGAAGCCUCAAAACCAGUGGACGUGAAAUCAUGCACUGGCCCUGUCCCUAAUACAACACAGCUGUGCCACAUUCCCUGUCCUACUGAAUGUGAGGUUUCGCCUUGGACAGCUUGGGGACCAUGUACUUAUGAAAACUGUAAUGACCAGCAAGGCAAAAAAGGUUUCAAACUGAGGAAGCGACGCAUUACCAAUGAGCCCACUGGAGGAUCUGGGGGCACUGGGAACUGCCCUCACUUACUGGAAGCCAUUCCCUGUGAAGAGCCAUCCUGCUAUGACUGGAAAGCAGUGAGGCUUGGAGACUGUGAACCAGAUAAUGGAAAAGAAUGUGGUCCAGGCACUCAAGUUCAAGAGGUUGUGUGCAUCAACAGUGAUGGAGAAGAAGUUGACAGACAGCUGUGCAGAGACGCCAUCUUCCCCAUCCCCGUUGCCUGCGAUGCCCCCUGCCCCAAGGACUGUGUGCUCAGUAUGUGGUCUGCCUGGUCCUCCUGCUCCCACACAUGCUCAGGGAAAACCACAGAAGGGAAACAGAUCCGAGCGCGGUCCAUCCUGGCCUAUGCGGGGGAGGAAGGUGGAGCUCAGUGUCCAAAUAGCAGUGCUCUGCAAGAGGUGCGCAGCUGUAACGAGCAUCCCUGUACUGUGUACCACUGGCAAACUGGUCCCUGGGGCCAGUGCAUCGAGGACACCUCAGUCUCGUCCUUCAACACAACUACAACUUGGAACGGGGAGGCCUCUUGCUCUGUUGGCAUGCAGACAAGAAAAGUCAUCUGCGUGCGGGUCAAUGUGGGCCAAGUGGGACCCAAAAAGUGUCCUGAAAGCCUUCGACCUGAAACAGUGAGGCCCUGUCUGCUUCCUUGUAGGAAGGACUGCAUCGUGACCCCAUAUAGUGACUGGACUCCAUGCCCUUCCUCAUGUAAAGAAGGAGACUCUGGAAUCAGGAAACAGACUCGGCACCGGGUCGUCAUUCAGCUGCCAGCCAACGGAGGCAGAGACUGCACGGAUCCUCUCUAUGAAGAGAAGGCCUGUGAGGCCCCUCAAGUGUGCCAAAGCUACAGGUGGAAGACUCACAAAUGGCGCAGGUGCCAGUUGGUCCCCUGGAGCGUGCAGCAGGAGAGCCCAGGAGCUCAGGAAGGCUGUGGGCCUGGACGACAGGCAAGAGCCAUUACUUGUCGAAAGCAAGAUGGAGGACAGGCUAGCAUCCAUGAGUGCCUCCAGAACGCGGGCCCUGUGCCAGCCCUCACCCAGGCUUGCCAGAUCCCCUGCCAAGAUGACUGUCAGUUUACCAGCUGGUCCAAGUUUUCUUCAUGCAAUGGAGACUGUGGAGCAGUUAGGACCAGAAAGCGCACUAUUGUUGGAAAAAGUAAAAAGAAGGAAAAAUGUAAAAAUUCUCAUUUGUACCCCCUGAUUGAGACUCAGUAUUGUCCCUGUGACAAGUAUAAUGCACAGCCUGUGGGGAACUGGUCUGACUGCAUUUUACCAGAGGGGAAAGUGGAAGUCUUACUGGGAAUGAAAGUACAAGGAGACAUCAAGGAAUGUGGUCAAGGAUAUCGUUACCAAGCAAUGGCCUGCUACGAUCAAAAUGGUAGGCUCGUGGAGACAUCCAGAUGUAACAGCCAUGGUUAUAUUGAAGAGGCCUGCAUCAUCCCCUGCCCCUCAGACUGCAAACUCAGUGAGUGGUCCAAUUGGUCUCGCUGCAGUAAGUCCUGCGGGAGUGGCGUGAAGGUUCGGUCUAAAUGGCUGCGUGAAAAACCCUAUAAUGGAGGAAGGCCGUGCCCCAAGCUGGACCAUGUAAACCAGGCCCAGGUGUACGAGGUCGUUCCUUGCCACAGUGACUGCAACCAGUACAUAUGGGUCACAGAGCCAUGGAGUGUUUGCAAGGUGACCUUCGUGAACAUGCGGGACAACUGUGGAGAGGGCGUGCAAACCCGCAAAGUGAGAUGCAUGCAGAACACAGCGGAUGGCCCUUCUGACCACGUAGAGGAUUACCUCUGUGACCCAGAAGAGAUGCCUCUGGGCUCUAGAGAGUGCAAAUUACCGUGUCCUGAGGAUUGCGUGAUAUCUGAAUGGGGUCCAUGGACCCGAUGCACUUUGCCUUGCAAUCAAAACAGUUUCCGGCAAAGGUCAGCUGAUCCCAUCAGACAACCUGCUGAUGAAGGAAGAGCCUGCCCUGAUGCUAUUGAGAAGGAACCCUGUAACCUGAACAAAAACUGCUUCCACUAUGAUUAUAAUGUAACAGACUGGAGUACAUGCCAGCUGAGUGAAAAGGCAGUUUGUGGAAAUGGCAUUAAAACAAGGAUGUUGGAUUGUGUUCGAAGUGAUGGCAAGUCGGUUAACCUGAAAUAUUGUGAAGAGCUUGGCCUGGAGAAGAACUGGCAGAUGAACACGUCCUGCAUGGUAGAAUGUCCUGUCAACUGUCAACUUUCUGACUGGUCUCCAUGGUCAGAAUGUUCUCAAACAUGUGGCCUCACAGGAAAAAUGAUCCGAAGACGAACAGUGACCCAGCCCUUUCAGGGUGAUGGAAGACCAUGCCCUGCCCUGAUGGAACAAUCCAAGCCUUGCCCAGUGAAGCCCUGUUAUCGGUGGCAAUAUGGUCAGUGGUCUCCGUGCAAAGUGCAGGAUGCCCAGUGUGGUGAAGGGACCAGAACAAGGAACAUAUCUUGUGUAGUCAGUGAUGGAUCAGCCGAUGAUUUCAGCAAAGUGGUGGAUGAAGAAUUCUGUACUGACACUGAACCCAUUAUAGAUGGUAAUAAAAAAAUGGUCCUUGAGGAAAGCUGCACCCAGCCUUGUCCAGGUGACUGUUAUUUGAAGGAUUGGUCUUCAUGGAGCCUGUGUCAGCUGACCUGUGUAAAUGGUGAGGACCUAGGCUUUGGUGGAAUACAGGUCCGUUCCAGGGCAGUGAUUAUACAAGAACUAGAGAACCAAUAUCUGUGCCCAGAGCAGAUGUUAGAAACCAGACCUUGUGAUGAUGGACAGUGUUAUGAGUAUAAAUGGAUGGCCAGUGCUUGGAAGGGCUCUUCCCGAACAGUCUGGUGUCAAAGAUCAGAUGGUGUAAAUGUAACAGGGGGCUGCUUGGUGGUGCGCCAGCCUGAUGCUGACAGGUCUUGUAACCCACCGUGUAGUCAACCCCACUCGUAUUGUAGCGAGACAAGGACAUGCAGUUGUGAAGAAGGGUACACUGAAGUCAUGUCUUCCAAUGGUACACUUGAGCAAUGCACACUUAUCCCCGUGGUGGUGAUACCCACUGUGGAGGACAAAAGAGAAGAUGUGAAAACCAGUCGGGCAGUACAUCCAACCCAGCCCUCCAGUAACCCAGCAGGACGGGGAAGGACCUGGUUUCUACAGCCAUUUGGGCCAGAUGGAAGACUCAAGACGUGGGUUUACGGUGUAGCAGCUGGGGCAUUUGUGUUACUCAUCUUCAUUGUCUCCAUGAUCUAUCUAGCUUGCAAAAAGCCAAAGAAACCCCAAAGAAGGCAAAACAACCGACUGAAACCUUUAACCUUAGCCUAUGAUGGAGAUGCAGACAUGUAAAUUAUAACCUAAUCCCGAAGCAACCAGUUUAAGCUUUCUGCCUUUGCUGUAGAUAUCCAGAGGCCACAAAGCUAUUCAAACUGUGUGGAUUAAAAUGCAUCAUAACCUUUGAAAAGAUCUUCAUUAAGAAAAGAGUGAACAUCAUGGUGCCAUUGGAGAUAGCAAGACAGUGCCACUUGCAUAGAAACGAUCGACCCUGAGAAUUCUGGGAGAUUUCAUUCAAUACAUGCUGCAUUCUGAGAGUUUGAUCUGGUCUUUUUUGCAGUCUACCAACUGACAGUUCACUUCCAUCUUUAAAAUACAGUGAUGGAAUUGACCAGUUAAGAUGCCUGAUGCUAGCCUCUGUCUGAAGUGUUAUAACCCAUAGUAACAUUUUCGCAUGAAGAGUUUAUACCAAGGUCUCUACAAUACUAUAGUCAAACGUAACAACAUGUAUACUCAGUUGAAUGAUACACAUUAUGCCAGAUCAUAUACUUAAAUAAGCAAUUUUAAUGGUGAAUAAAGAUAAGCUCUAAGCUGAGCAGAAAACCCAUUGAAUAAAUUCAGCAUCUUGGUGGUUGAUGAUAGUUUCAUUGACCUGCAUUUCAGAGGCAAAAACAUUUUUAUAAGACUUAAUUCUUGUCUCUCUCCAAGUACAAAUGCUGGACAUAUACUAGUAUCUUAGAAGAGUCCUCAAGUUCAGUAUUUUAUAGUGGUUAUUGUCUGGAAAACUAAUUUGCUUGUGUUAAUACAUUUCUACUUUCCCUAAUUUUCAAACUGGUUGCCUGCAUCUUUUUUGCUAUAUGGAAGGCACAUUUUUGCACUAUAUUAGUGCAGCAUGAUAGGCACUUAACCAGUAUUGCCAUAGAAACUGCCUCUUUUCAUAUGGGAUGAAGACAUCUGUGCUCAGAGUGUCAUGGAGAUAUUUACAAGUUCUUAUGUCCUGAAGAGAGUAAAGUUCAGCUGGGAUGGCAACAGGAUGGAAUUAGCUAUAUUACAUCUACUGUAUACACUCUUCCUCAUCUCUGCAGCCAUUGUGACAUCAACAACAUGGCGGUAAUUUAAGUGUUUAAGUCCCGAACUCAUUAACCCUCCAGAAGAUGGAUCCGUCUACUUGGUUUUUAAUUGUACUUUGAAGGCUGUUUAUGACUAGAUUUUUAUAUUUGUUAUCUUUGUUAAAAAAAGAAAAGAAAAGAAAAAAAGGAGCUGGUUGUCUUUUUAAUUUGGG